CUCACUGGUUUUUGCUUCCGCGAAGAAAGAAAAAAUGGAGGGUUUAUGGGGUAUGGAUUGAUUAAUUUCAUGAAAAAUUGCCCAGUUGCUUCUAAAUUCCAGCGGUAGCCUCUGAAGAAGAAGAAGAAGAAGAAGAAGAAGAAGCAUGAGGAUUGCAGUGGAAGGUUGCAUGCACGGUGACCUCGACAAUGUCUACAAGACUCUCCAAUACAUGGAGCAAGUUCAGAACAUCAAAAUCGACCUUCUGCUCUGCUGUGGCGACUUUCAGGCUGUUAGAAAUGAGUACGAUCUGAAGAGCUUAAAUGUGCCGCCGAAAUAUCGCGCCAUGAACUCGUUCUGGAAGUAUUACUCUGGAGCUGAAAUCGCUCCUUAUCCUACUAUUUUCAUUGGUGGAAAUCAUGAAGCUUCUAAUUAUUUGUGGGAAUUGUACUAUGGAGGUUGGGCUGCGCCAAAUAUCUACUUCUUGGGCGUUGCUGGUGUAGUAAAGUUUGGAAAUAUCCGUAUUGGUGGGCUGUCUGGGAUUUAUAAUGCACGCCAUUAUCGUCUAGGUCACUACGAGAGGCCUCCAUACAAUGAGGAUACUAUAAGAUCUGUUUACCAUGUUCGUGAAUACGAUGUUCAGAAGCUUAUGCAAGUUGAGGAACCCAUUGACAUUUUUCUUUCCCAUGAUUGGCCUGUUGGCAUCACUGAUUAUGGAAACUGGAAGCAGCUUGUUAAGUUCAAACCAUUUUUUGAGAAGGAGAUUCAGGAAAGACGUCUGGGGAGUAAGGCUGCAGCUGAGUUGCUGGAAAAGUUGAAACCACCUUACUGGUUUUCAGCUCACUUGCACUGUAAGUUUGCGGCUCUCGUUCAACAUGGUGAAGGUGGCCCUUUGACAAAAUUUCUUGCGCUUGAUAAGUGUCUUCCUAAACGCAAAUUUUUACAGGUUAUUGAGCUUGAAGCAGAGCCUGGACCUUAUGAGAUUCAUUACGACGAAGAAUGGUUAGCAAUAACACGAAGGUUCCAUGAAAUUUUCCCAUCCGCAGCCAAAAAUGCAAACUAUGGGAAUUUAAAGCUUCAAAUGCAAGAUUGUCGACAAUGGGUCCAAAGCAGAUUAAAAGAAAGAGGAGCAAAACCUUUUGAAUUUGUUCAGACUGUUCCUUGUUAUGAUCCGUCUAGAUCUGUCUCCAACAGUCCACUUGCUGGGUGUAACCGAAAUCCUCAGACUGAAUCUUUGCUGAAGUUUCUUGAACUCCCUUAUCUUCUUGAUGACAUAUCAGAAUCUGGACCAUCAGGUUCAUCUAUUCCUUUCUCAGAUAGUGGUUCGUUCGUCAACAGUGAAGACAUUCAAAUUGAUGACAUAGAUGAUGGGGAUGAAGAAACUGCAGAACCUGAAGAUGCAUAAACCAUUCAUUUUGGCAAUGGCCACCAAGAUCCUCCACGGUGAAUGAAGGUUGACCACUUGAGCUUUAUGCUAUACUUGUAUUGGAAUGGGCAUAUUCCAAUGUUCAUGUGAAUGGAUUGAUCCUUCCAUUACAAGACUCUUCUUGGAACACUUUUUAUUGGCUCAGAGAGAGAGAGAGAGAUUGUAAAGUGACUUUUUAAAGGGUCAUGCAUUCUAGAGAAUUUCCACUGUCAAUAAUUUAUGCUCUUUUGCUUUAAAAAUUCCCCUCAAAAUUAAUUGUAUCUGCUAAGCUUGUGAUCUUCAAUGAUCUUGACUGGAUUAUCACAAA